AUGAGCUUACUGCGGUGGCUCCUCGAUAAUGGAGCCACUAUUGAUCUGUCUACUGCGACAAAAGUAACUAUGAAUCCUGACUACAUGGAGGUCAUGUGGUGGGAUUCUGAGUCAGUUCGUGUGCAACUGGUACUGGAGGCGAUCCGCAACGAGAGUCAUAGUUUGGUGUGGUGGCUGCUGAUGCGCACCAGGUUUGAAGAAAAACUCUCGCAGAGUGCAAUCUCCGGCGCUGUUGACGAAGCGCACGCGAGCAUGAAGGCGUGGGUGUUGGAACAUAUCGAAGACGAUGUCUGCCGAUGGUGUUUUCCUAGGAAGAGAGUUGCCACGACGAGCGAUGACAAUGCUUUAGCAAAACGGGCGCGCGAAAAAUGA